GAUGCCUGUGUGUAUUUCUCUGUGUCCGCGCUGGGUGUGACCCUCUGUGCCGCCUGCUCUGUGUCCUCGCAGUGGUGCCUCUCUGCCCUCGCUCGGCCUCCGCCAGCCCCGUUGCGGCCCAGACCGGCAACAAACCUGGGCACAGAUGCUCCAAUCUCUGGAGAGCUAGCCUAAGCUCGCCUAUCGUCCCCAGCCGCCACAAGACAGAGUCACCUCCGGUGGAGAAAAAGAAAAAGGAAAAGAAGGACAAGGAGCGGGAGAACGCCAAGGAGAAGCACGCGCUCCUGACCUCAGGCAGCCCGGCCGAACGAGGCCUGAGAAAGAGACAGUCUGUCCCCAACGCACGGGGCAGAGAGACAGCGACGCUGGACGUCAGCCCGUGGGGGAAGAACCGUUCUGUUCCGAGCUCCCCAAGGCGUAGGUCCUCCCCAGCGGGCCCCGGGGCCCCGCCCCAGACCCCCCCCACGAGUGGCCCCCAUGCCGGGAAGAGACAGCGAGCCCGAGGGGAGAAGAGCAAGAAAGAGAAGAAGCGCAGGGAGCUGAAGGUUGAGGAGGUUGCGGAGGACUCCAGGCCGUCGUCGAGGGGAAGCCUGAGAAACAAAGAGCAAAAAGUCAGCGAGAGUACGGCAGAGACCCCAGAGACCAAUCAAGGUGCCUCUCCUGCUAAAUCCAUGGCGGGAACCACAGACCCAGAGGAAGCCGUGCGGCUCCUGGCUGAGAGAAGGCGGCUGGCCCGGGAGCAGAGGGACCGGGAGGAACAGGAGCGGAAAGAGCAGGAGGAGCAGCAACGGCUGGCGACGGAGGAGAUGGCCCGGCGCAAGGCGGAGGAUCGCGUGCUGCGGGAGGCGGCGGCUCAGCAGCGCGAGGCUGAGAGGCUGCAGCAGGAGGCAGAGGAGCAGCUGGCGGCAGAGCAACGGCAACAGCAGGAGGCAGAGGCCGAGCGGCAGGAACUGGAGCGGCAACAGAGACAGAGAGAAGAAGCCGAGGCCCUGGCUCGAGAGGAGGCCGAGAGACAGCGGCUGGAACGAGAGAAGCAUUUCCAGCGAGAAGACCAGGAGCGCAUGGAGAGGAAGAAGCGUCUGGAGCAGAUAAUGAAAAGAACUCGGAGAUCAGAUGGACCAGAAAAGAAAGAUGAAAAAAAAGUCAUUGUUGAAGAAUCAAACGGCACCGACAGCAAACCAGAGGCACUGGAAGCUGAUCCCGAGGCAGUGAAGAUUGUAGUGUCCAGAGAGCAGGAAGUGACUCCCAGAGAUGAGGAAGUUUCUUCCGGAGAACAGGAAGUGUCAUCCGAAGAGCAGGAAGAGUGUCCCGGAGAGCCUGAAUUGUCCAGAGAGCAGGACACAACGCCGGGAGAGCGGGCAGUGACCAGAGAGCAGGAGACUGGUCAGAACUUUGGUUUGACAGACGGCCCGUUACCAUCACAGGAGCAGCCAGGAUCACCAGCACUGCACGGUGAGUGUGAGCAGCAGCCUGGCCUCAGUAACGGAGUACAGCUGAGCAAACAGGAGAACGGGUUUUGCCACAAAGGCUCGGCCAGCCAGCCGUUGCCCAAUCACACAGAGACAGAGACGGAGAGCUUGGACAGUAACGGGGAGAAGGAGCCUGCAGGGGUUGGUACCCUCGCCAGCCCAGCCAUUCCCAUCAUUGCCUUCGAGGAGGAGAACUCCUUCAUUAAGAAAGCGGCAGGAAUUCAAUCGCAGCAUGUAGCAGAAAUCCUGUGAAGCCGAGGAACUUCCACGGGAGGGACGGGAGCCAGAGAGUGCAGCGAGCGUGCGUGGAUCAUUCCUCUGCUCUUCCACACAAGUGGUUGCUGAAUCGUACGCUUGUUCUUAAUGUGCACCUUAUACAAGACUCACCAUCUAACUCGCCGCCAGCGGAACCAGACUGGGCAGAUGGUCCGACAAGGGAGCGAGAGCGCGCCGGUUAUUUUAGCAUUAAUGGUCUAGUUCUUAUUUAACUUGGAAGUUUUAAUAAAGUGCCGGUCCCGUGUAUGUGAAUAAUGUAAAUAAAUGCGUGUUACCCUGGCAA